AUGGCCAUCCUGAUGCCUUGUGUUGACAAUGACGAGUACGCUACAGAUGACAAGUACACUACAGAUGACGAGUACACUACAGAUGACGAGUACACUACAGAUGACAAGUACACUACAGAUGAGGAGUACACUACAGAUCAUGAGUGCCCUACAAGUCACAAGUACGCUACAGAUGACGAGUACACUACAGAUGACGAGUACGCUACAGAUCACGAGUGCCCUACACGUCGCAAGUACACUACAGAUGACGAGUACGCUACAGAUGACGAGUACACUACAGAUGACGAGUACGCUACAGAUAAGUACACUACAGAUCACGAGUGCUCUACAGAUGACAAGUACACUACAGAUCACGAGUACGCUACAGAUGACAAGUACACUACAGAUGACGAGUACACUACAGAUAACAAGUACACUACAGAUGACCAGUACACUACAGAUGACGAGUACACUACAGAUUACAAGUACUCUACAGAUGACAAGUACACUACAGAUCACGAGUGCCCUACACGUCACGAGUACACUACAGAUGAGGAGUACGCUACAGAUGACGAGUACACUACAGAUCACGAGUGCUCUACAUAUGACGAGUACGCUACAGAUGACGAGUACGCUACAGAUGACAAGUACACUACAGAUGACAAGUACACUACAGAUGAGGAGUACGCUACAGAUGACAAGUACACUACAGAUUACGAGUACGCUACAGAUGACGAGUAUGCUACAGAUGACAAGUACACUACAGAUGACAAGUACACUACAGAUGACAAGUACACUACAGAUCACGAGUGCCCUACACGUCACAAGUACACUACAGAUGACAAGUACACUACAGAUCAAGAGUGCUCUACAUGUCACGAGUACACUACAGAUGAGGAGUACGCUACAGAUGACGAGUACACUACAGAUGAGGAGUACGCUACAGAUGACGAGUACGCUACAGAUGACAAGUACACUACAGAUGACAAGUACACUACAGAUGACAAGUACACUACAGAUCACGAGUGCCCUACACGUCACAAGUACACUACAGAUGAGUACGCUACAGAUGACAAGUCGAUACAGAUGACGAGUACACUACAGAUGACGAAUGAGGAGUAUGCUACAGAUGACGCGUACGCUACUGAUGACGAGUACGCUACAGAUGACGAGUACGCUACAGAUGACGAGUACGCUACAGAUGACAAGUACACUACAGAUCACGAGUGCCCUACACGUCACAAGUACACUACAGAUGACGAGUAUGCUACAGAUGACAAGUACACUACAGAUGACGAGUACACUACAGAUGACGAGUACACUACAGAUGACGAGUACUCUACAGGUGAUGAGUACACUACAGAUGGCGAGUACACUACAGAUGGCGAGUACGCUACAGAUGGCGAGUAUGCUACAGAUGGCGAGUACACUACAGAUGACGAGUACACUACAGAUGACGAGUACUCUACAGAUGAAGAGUACACUACAGAUGACGAGUACACUACAGAUGACGAGUACACUACAGAUGACGAGUACACUACAGAUGGCGAGUACACUACAGAUGACGAGUACUCUACAGGUGACGAGUACACUACAGAUGGCGAGUACACUACAGAUGACGAGUACACUACAGAUGACGAGUUCACUACAGAUGGCAAGUACACUACAGAUGACGAGUACACUACAGAUGACGAGAACUCUACUGAUGAAGAGUACACUACUGAUGACGAGUGCCCUACAGAUGACAAGUACACUACAGAUGACGAGUGCACUACAGAUGACGAGUACACUCCAGAUGACGAGAACUCUACUGAUGACAAGUAA